CUGCAAAGAGGUCACAGGUGAAACUAGUCUGAAGAGGGACUGGCCUAUUCACACACCUGCCUUGGGGGAAGUGACAAGCAAGCAGGUGACUAUCAGUGUGUCACUUCCCCCUUGCCUUGUUGGGCAGACACCAAACAGAACUAUUAUAAACUCCAAGACCUGGAUGGUUGUGCUCCUAGAAGCAUGCAGGGUACCUGGGAGUACCCCCACAGUCCACAAAAGGAGGGAAUACACAGAGUGACCUUUCGGAUGGACUCCCCAAAGAAGGAUAUUGCUAUCCGGUGCACUCUAGUAAGCUGUAGCUGUCAAUGUUUUAAACCUGGAAAAAUAAACCAGCGACAAUGUGACCAGUGUCGGCAUGGAUGGGUAGCACAUGCUUUAAGUAAGCUAAGGAUCCCGAAUUUAUACCCAACAAGCCAAGUGGAAAUAGUCCAAUCUAAUGUGGUCUUUGAUAUAAGCAGCCUCAUGCUAUAUGGAACUCAAGCAGUUCCUGUCCGUCUCAAAAUUCUUUUAGAUCGGCUUUUCAGCGUCCUGAAGGAAGAAGAAGUCAUUCACAUCCUCCAUGCUCUGGACUGGACUCUUCAAGACUAUAUACGUGGAUAUGUCUUACAGGAUGCUUCAGGAAAGGUUCUGGAUCACUGGAGCAUCAUGACCGGUGAAGAAGAACUGGCUACUUUGCAGCAGUUCCUGCGCUUUGGCGAGACAAAGUCCAUUGUGGAGCUAAUGGCCAUCCAGGAAAAAGAGGGGCAGUCCAUCGCUAUCCCCACAACAGCAGCCAAUAUGGAUAUUAGGGCGUUCAUCGAAAGCUGUAAUCAGAGGAGUGCAAACCUUCCUGCUUCCCUGAACAAAAUGAACCCUGUUAACAUCCACCACUUUGAGAACGUCAUCAACAAUAUGGCCUUUAUGCUGCCCUUUCAGUUUUUCAGUCCUGUGGCUCCACCCCUCAUAGGCUCACCUCCUGAGCGGCUUUUGAUGGAGCAAGGUCAGGACUGCAGCAAUGAACUAAAGCAAGACGUUCCUAGGCAGUUUUCUGAAAACCGUUUCCUAAUGUCCGACUCUUCAUUUCAAGCUCAAAAGGAGGCAGCCAUGACCAGCCUGGAGAUCACUUUGAAACCAGAGGAGGACGCUUCUGCCAAUGAUCUGAAUUCCCCAAAUACCCUCGCAAAGCUGGAUAUGGGCCAGCUAUCCCCAGAAAGUAAAAUGAAACCUGCCGACAAAAAUGGCAGCGGCAUGCGGAAAGGACGUGUUUUUUGUACCGCAUGUGAAAAGACCUUUUAUGACAAAGGAACUCUGAAGAUCCACUACAAUGCUGUCCACCUGAAAAUCAAACAUAAAUGUACAAUUGAAGGCUGCAACAUGGUCUUUAGCUCCCUGCGGAGCCGAAAUCGUCACAGUGCUAAUCCCAACCCAAGACUCCACAUGCCAAUGAACAGAAACAAUCGAGACAAAGAUCUGAGGAAUGGGUUGACCCUCGCCGGACUGGAAGAGAACAAAAGGACAGACUUUGCUAUUUUACCUCUGGAGAGCAGAUCCAUUUCUAGCUAUGGAAGCUCUUGUACCGAUUCAAAGUUGCAGCCAAGUUUUCACAGUACUGGACAAAACGGCAUUCUCUUUCCAAACUUGAAGACCGUGCAACCAGUACUUCCAUUCUACCGCAGUCAGGUCACACCAGCCGAACUUGCAAACACCCCUGGCACGCUUCCUUCUCUGCCUCUGGUCUCCUCGGCGAUCCCUGAACCGCUGGUCUCUAAUGAAUCACCCUAUGAUGCGCUACCCAAGAAGAAAUCCCGCAAGUCUAGCAUGCCCAUCAAAAUAGAGAAGGAAGCUGCUGAAACAACUGAGGCGACUCAUGAAGCUGCCAGCUCAGAUGAUGACAUGCCUCCGCAGCCAGUAAGUGAAGAGCAUGUUGAGAGGGGUGAUUCUAGGAUAGAAAAAAACACAAACCACCCAAUGGAAAUGAAGUCCCAGUCAGGCACAUCAAGAAAAUCAAUUUCUGAGGUUGGAGGGCCAAAAUAUUUAAAAUCUAUUGAGCCAAAUGACACGUGCGCCGAAGUGGAUAAAUUGCAUCGUCUUGAGCAAACGGAUAAGCCAGCACCAGGCAAAUUUAAAAUAGCUUCUUGCAAAAAUGCCUAUAAAGUUCCAAACCAACGCAGUGAUGCCAUCAAACCAGUGCCUGAACCUCAUGACUAUCUUAAAGGGCAGUUGAAUUACAGGAUUCCUAUGAAUGACUGCACUUUGUUGCAACACCACAUGCUGAGUAGAGGGGAUUUCAACAUGCUGCACAAUAGGGGUGUGGCCAUUCCUGGUUUGGAAGCUUUUAAAGAUACAGAUCAUGUUGGUCAACAUGCACCACUAGGGCUUCAGAAGGAAGACGGCCGCUUCCACUGCGACAUCUGCAAGAAGACCUUUAAAAACCCUUACAGUGUAAAAAUGCAUUUUAAGAACAUACACCUAAAAGAAAUGCAUAUUUGCACGGUGGAGGGUUGUACUGCUGCUUUUCCUUCUCGCAAAAGUCGAGACAGACAUAGCUCCAACCUAAACCUUCACCAUAAGCUUUUAACCAAAGAUCCCCUGGAAAUCAAGAACCAUUUCAAUGCAACAUACCUCUUGAAGGACAUGGCAAAAGAGGUUUGCCCGGAUGACUCUUUGAUAGGACACGUUGGCCAACAAACUUCAGUCAUCUUCAAAGGAAUGAACAGAACCAGCAGCCUGGUUUUCCCAAUGAGCAAGAUUGGAGAGGCCUGUCCUGAGAGUUACCGGUAUGACCUAGUAAAUGACGGGGCUGUUCUGGAUUUAAGCACAACAUCUAGCAUCAAGUCGGAGAGCAGCGCUCAUUCCUCUUGGGAUUCUGAUGGAGACAACGAAGAAGGUCCUGGGGCUUUUGAGGACAGUGAUGAAAGCUGUGAAAGUCCAUCUUUGAUGCCAAACAAAGACAUCUACCAGGACUGUCCUCUAAUGGAGAGGCCUAAUCUGAGUUUCUCCAAUGUACCUUCCAGUUUGCCAAUCACCUGUCACAUAUGCCAAAAAAGCUACAGUAACAAAGGAACUUUCAGGGCCCAUUACAAAACUGUCCAUCUCCGUCAGCUCCACAAAUGCAAAGUCCCAGGUUGCAACACAAUGUUUUCUUCUGUUCGCAGCAGAAACCGGCACAGUCAAAAUCCAAAUUUACACAAGAGUUUGAUCAGGUCGACAGGUAGCCCCCAGUAACAUCUCAGUGUUCUGUAGCAACUUCUGUUCUAUUUUGUUCAUCAUUUCAGAUUUAAAAAGAAAAAAGUAUUAGAACCAAGUUAUCUCUUUACUUGCUUUGCUUCCAUGAAAACACAGGGCUAGAUUCUGCUUCCGUUUACACUGUCUAUGUUUUCACUGAGCAAAGGAGGCACGCUUAAAAACAACACUAGCAUGGGUUUUACACUUAGAUGUAGAAAUUUGCUUAUAAAAAUGAGGACAUUCUAAGCUAAAGGUGCUCUUGAUGGUUUGCAAUAUGAGACACAUUGAAGACACUAUUCCAAUGUUUUGUUUACAUGUUAAAUGUGGAGGGGUGGGUGGGAAUGGAUGAUACAGUCAAAACUGCUGGGUUGAACUCACUGGUUGAGUAGAGGGUUGUGAGCAUUGUCAUUUCACUCCUGAGAUCAGGGAUGGGGAACCUGUGGCCUUCCAGAUGUUGUUGGACUCCAGCUACCAUCAUACCUAACUAUUGGCCAUGUUGGGUGGGGCUGAUGGGAGUUGGAGUCCAACAACAUCUGGAGGGUCACAGGUUCCCCAUCCCUGCCUAAGACCAUAACGUAGAUACGGGGUAGACAUUACAAAAAAUGCAAAGCUGCCAUUGAAAAUGGCAUUACCAUGUUGGGUGUUCCCUUUCUCUCUCCAAUAAGCCAUAACAACACUUUUCCCAGGGGUGGGAAACUUGUGGUCCUCCAGGUUCUGCUGGACUACAACUCCUGUCUUCCCUGCUAUUGGCCAUGCUGGGUGGGGCUGAUGGGAGUUGGAGUCCAACAACAUCUGGAGGGCCACAGGUCCCCUGACUUCACCUGUGUCAUUAUGUUGCAUUUUCUGCACCUCUACCCCAUAGCAGCCAAGGAUAUAUGAACUGGGAGGUGGAAAUUCGAUGCAUGGAUGCCAUUUUCAGGAACAGCCCCAUGUUUGUUUAACAUGUAGCUCUGCCCUAAGGUUGACUUUACAGUAUUAAAUAUAUGUGGUAUUUCCUGCAUAAUUUAUUAUUGAAUGCCAGAAACUAAACUCGAGAUUUAAGGAAAUGUAGCAUUUGAUUCUGGAGUUCUUGAUUGCAGUAGACGUUUUACUUGAAGACAUAUUGUAAGGUUUUAUUCCACUAUGGGCUGUCCAUUCAUUUUACAACGUUCGAAAAAUGCAAGGUCCCAGUCCUAAAAAAGACAUGCAAAGUUCUUGUCUAAAUGAAUAAUGAGGCUGGCUCCAAGAUGGAUCUGUAAACUGCCAGACGCCAGAAGCCAUUCAGCAAUUCAUGGGUCUGUCUUGGAACCUGCUUCUGAGCCACCCCAUAUCUGAGAGAGAGAGAGAGAGAGAGAGAGAGAGAGAGAGAGAAAUGUGAUGAGAAGACCAGCCUUGAGAAAACAACAAAAAUACUCUCUUUGAUUAAAAAAAAGAGACUCUUGGUAAAACUUGGCAGUCUCUUAAGUGCAUCAGUAUGUACAGGCUAGUGUGUCACAACUUGCUUCCAAAGAUUUUUGAACCACAUGCAGGACAUUUUAUAAAUGCAAUGUAUAUUUUUAUUGCACUGUUUGAUUGCUACAUUGGGUGGUGGAGAGAGGGGAAAUUUCUCAGCAUUUUUCAACAUUUUACGGGACGACGCAUGAGACUGGAGAAAUUAAACUGUUAUGUUUUGUUGUUGUUAUUGUUUGCCACCAAGGGGAAAAUGCCAGUCUUUGUUGCAACUUAAAUAAGAGUAAUCUGAUUAGCUUUGUUGACACUCUCUUUUAUAUUAAAGCAUUGCUUGGUAUAAAUAUAAUAAUAAUGUUCAAUAUCCUUGUCACUGUACGUAACAGUAUUCUGCAUUAUGUCCUAUGCACUUAUUGAGAUUGGUCUUAUGUUGUAUUUAAAAAAAACACAUUUAUAAUAUUUAAUUUGUAAUCACGACAUAAUAUUACUGUGUUUGUGUACAUGGUGCGCUCGUGUCUGAUGAAAUCAUUAUGAAUAGCUGGGAGGGGGAAAACAUUUCCUUUUUAUAUUGACAAAACCUUUAGAUUUUUUAAAGGUCCAGUUUUGAUCCAUCGUGAUAUCCAGGCAUGAUGAUACUGACUGCACAUUUUGUACAUAUGAUGCCAAAGUGUUUUAGAGUGAUUUGUGGUUUCUAGGUCAUUUUUCUCUCCUGGAGUUUUCACUUUAGCUAAAUUUUUGUCUUGUUACUUUUUGGUUAGCUGGUGACUGAAAAUGUUUUAUUGAAAUAUUGAUUUUGGAGUAUAGGAUAGCUAAGAAAAGCUAUCCACACAUCUCAGCGUUGAACUGAUUCUACACUACGGUGCUGGUAACACAAUUUCAUAUCACAAAGCAGAUAGAUAUGUGUUGCUCGGAUGUGUCACAGUUGACGGACACAGUUUGAUGUGAUGGAAUUCAGUCUGAGCUCAAUACAGGUUCAGUUUUUAUAUGUACUAAAUCAGUUGUCUCAUUUACACCUGAUGCUGAUCUUCAGCUGAGGAUCCUAGGUAUGAACAGACAUCAGAAUUCUGACCUGCCCAUGUCACAAGUUGGCUGUUGGUCUCGGAAACAUGGGCUGACUAUUCAGAUAACGGUUUGACAUUUCUUCAGAAGAACUUGGGCUGGUUAUUAUCUGGAUUAUUAUCUGGAUUCCACCAUGGCAAAAUGGACUUGCAGACUGGCUUCUCAGAGGCAGAUGGGGAGAGUAGGAUGGUUUGUGUUUCUGGCACAAUGCUCUUGGAUGCAUAGAUUACCGUGGGUCUUGGAAGUGAAAACCUACGUGGCUUAGGGUCCAUCCAUACCCCCUUUUAGUCUGCGAUGUAACCCCCUCAUGUGUCCAUUAAUUCAUCCGCAUCCCUAUGACAUAUCCCGCCAUUUUGGACUUUCUCCUAGUUGAAUCUGUGCUUCCCCUACCCUGCUAUAAACCAAUUACUUUUUCUGUGCCGAUUAGUAACUGCUCAAACCUCUGUAGUGAUGUCAUCUUUCCUUCCUUUUUUGUAUUAUGGGCGGAUGGCAUUAGAUUCCACCCUCUGUCUGUGCCUUCUCUUCCUUUCUUACAGUUCAUUCCUGCUUCUAGUACUGAACCGGGGUACUUCCUCCUCCUGGCUUCUGAAGCUGCA